AUGGUGUAUUAUCAUUCCCACGACAUGGUGCUGAGGUUCAACAACGCCCCGACUGGAAACUACACUGAUGAUGUUGGAUCCAAAACUACAUUUCGUGUAUUAAACUCACAAGUGGUCACUAAACGAGAAUUCAAUUUCCCCGAAGACCCGUUGUACAAGAACAUAUCGAUAUUGAUAUGGGAUCCAGCAAACUAUUCUUCUACACUGGAGGAGUGGUACCAACAUCCUGAUUUUCCUCUCUUUCCCGUUUAUAAAAAGCUAUUGGAGCAACAAAGCGACGCUGACGUGCAUUUGUUGAAGCCUCAGGUACUUUGGGAGCUAUGGGGAGUCUUGCAGGACUCAUCUCCUUAUCGAUUAAGAAGAAAUCCCCCAUCAUCUGGUUUUAUAGGUGUGUGGUUCUCAAUGCAUCGGUGCAGACGCGUGCGAGUCUUCGAAUACGUGCCUUCGACGCGUGCGACUCGUCGCUGCCACUACCACGCCUCGCGCGACGACACUGCCUGCACCCUUGGCGCUUGGCAUCCGUUAGCACAAGAAAAGGCCCUUGCAGAGCGCAUGAGGGACAACUCGGACCUUGACGUGUUUCAGAGAGGCUUUAUUGAUAUACCUGGCGUUCAAACUGUUACUUGUACUGAUUAAGUUCUAUGAUAAGUUAUAAUUAUAUGAUUCUAAGUUUGGAACGGGCUCGUUCUUUCGUCCACUUCUGUAGGACCUGGUGUUUACUGGACCCCGCAUAUCAGACUGGUGUGCUUACGCGCAGUACGUUGCGUCCUGUUUUUUGCGUGACAUAAAAUCAUCAUUUGGGUACACCCGAUUGUGAAACGUCGAUCGAAAGUGAGUAUCUUUCGUGAUUUUAUGGGCGAAUGAAGCAUUGUAAUGAGUCUAAAUUUUUCAGUUGUGCAGGACACUGGUAUGUACACUUCCAUUGAAAUAUAUGUCUCAUUAAACGGGAUCCUGUUUUUUCUUGGACUACGGGAUCCAGUUUGCAGACAAAACCGAAUAACAAAAUUCUACGGGAUCGGGUUUUUGAAGGAUUCUGCAAACGGGAUGUUCACGUGAAUGCUAGUAUUUAAACACUAUCGCCAAAAAACCGAUCCCAUACGCAGCUGUGGGAGCAUGUCGUAAGGCGGCGGCUAUCUCUGUAAUUUACUCGCUAACACUCGGUAUAACUCUUGAGUUAUUUUUCUGUCGGGCAUGUUAUAGAACUACCUCGCGAGAACUUAAUCAGAAGAUCAUGCUUAACUCCUAUAGAGCUCAAGUCUUAAGCUUUGCCUAUAAACCCUUUGGGUUACUUUACUUUUUACAUAUAGAAAUACGAAGGCGAAGUUUUCUAAGUAGGGUUUUAAAGCGGAAAGUAGCCACAGCGUGGUUUCAAUGCAUUGACAAUUCCUGUAAAUCGCACGCUUGGUUUAAUAAGGUCACAUUCGCAAAAUUACAACUUUUCAGCAAAUAGGUUUCAAGAUUCUACAAACGGAAUUAGUCGAGUACUUUUUUAUUUCAUGUAAUUCGUACUAUUCUUAUAAUUUUCAUGUGAU